UAUCGGGCAAACCCCGAAUCUGUUAAAACCCGGCUAUUCCUUUCUUGCCCCGACCCGACUCUUGCACUCUUGUUCUUUCAAAACCCUAGCUACCCAAUUCAGUUCCACCCAAAUUCAGAUGAAUAAGAAUUCGGAUAAGAGAUCGGAAAUGUCGAGAAAGAAGCAGGGGCGUAAAGAGGCGGCGUCUUCAAGUUCUAUGGAUCUAUCAAGCCCGGAUACGGAUAUUAGGUCUAUUAUGAGAGACAUUGAGUCUUUUGUUAGCUCGAAACAUAUGACAUGGAAAGAGAAGAAGGAGUUGGAGAACAAGAAAGUUGUUUCUCUGGGUGGAAAGCCUGUAAAGAAGCAGAGGUUGCCUCUAAGUGUAGCACGAGUGCAAAUGAAGAAGCAGAAACAAAGAGAGCAGAAAAUGCUACAGGAGAGUGCAAUACUUGGACGAUUUGGAACCAGGUUUAAUGGUGAAAAACGAUCAGUGGAUAAGCGCAGGCCCGAGGACCGUGUGUUGAAGUCAACUGCAGGGAAUUUCAGAAAUGGUAUACUUGAUGUUAAACAUAUGCUGAAACCUGCUCCCUCUGCAUCUAGAGAUGGUGAUGGUGGUAGCCAUGGAGGCGGUAAAGUUCCGAAAAGAAAGGGUGGUAAAAAGAACAAAGGGAAGAAGGGUGGUGGACGGAAGCGCCAUUAAAAUCAGAUUAAUAAGAUUUUUCUACGAGGGGAUCUAAAAUUUACUAGUACCAUUAAAGGGACCUUUAAAAAGACGGGGCCUUUUUUCCUUCCUAUGAGUAUAUUCCUUGUGGGACAGGUAAUCACAUUUUUGUAAUCUGGAGUCAAUAUAUAACCUCAUACCGGUUGUACUUUGUUUUCUGUAUUAGUAGUUACCUUAAAUUUUUGGUAGUGCACCUGUGAAAGCAAAUUGUGUGAAGCUCGUUAUUCUGCUGGAAUUGGCAUUUAUUAUGAUGAUUGUUGUAAUGGGUA